AUGGCAGCAGCCGAAGAGGAGGAGCGAUCCCCGGGGGCCCUGCCGGCCUGCCCCUUCUUCCUGGAGGGCCGUUGCCGUUUUGGCGCGCGCUGCCGCCAGCCGCACCCGGGGGCACCGACGCCAGCAAAACCCGGGGGUGCGGCCCAGGCCGAGGCCGGGGCCAAGAAACCGCCGCUGCGUACGGCUGGAGCCGUAAUCCAGCGUAUACGCUGGGACCCGCGUCUCGACCCGGCCGACUUUUCUGUGGGCUACGCCGACCGUUUCCUGGGCGUGCGUGAGGAGCCCUUCACUGCUUUCUGCUGGGACGCGCCCCUGGCGGCGCUUGGACCCGGCGUCCUGGCCAUCCCGGAGCACCGAGUGCGCUACUUCCGCUUCCGUGGCCGCCUAGUCUGGGACCGCGCCUCCCGCACCGACCGCGUCUUCGGCUCCGGCCAGGCUACAGGUCGUGGGCCCACCAUCUUAGAAGCGCUCGGCGGGGAAGCGCCGGACGAAGACGCAGUUGACAGACUCAAUGAGACCAUGCCAGCCUUGGCCAAGCUCGGUGGCUUAGAGGACGAGGAUGGGACCUUGGCGUUGGCGGAGUCAGGUCUGGAGGUAGCAUUAGCAACAACUCCAGAGGAAAGACAGGCCACGACAGAGCUGGUCACAGCCGGGAGCCGGGGGUCACAGUGGAGAGCGCCAGAGGCCUCAUCCACCCCUAAGUCAGCCGAAGACCCGACGCUGACGCUGGCAACAGAGACUGCGGCAACCCCAGAACUGUCCUUGGGUGCCGACGUCACCCCUGAGAGGAGGCCCGCCGGGGAAGCACAGGUGGAAUGGGGUUCCGGGGCCUGGUGUACGGAUCAAGGCGACAGGAGCAUGAGCAGAGCCGUGGACUGCCGCCAACCCCGCCCCACGCAUUUCGUGGCCCUUAUGGUGACUGAACCUGGACUGCUAGCCGAAGUGACCCGGGUCCAGACACAGUUAACCCAAGUGUCCCCGGCCUGUGCCGAUUUCAUGGUGCCCUCCCAGGCCCUGCACCUAACCGUGGCUCUACUGCGCCUGGCUGGGCCCGGGGAGGAGGCAGCAGCCGUCCGGGCUCUGAGUCAGGCCCUCUCCCAUCCAGGCCUGCGAGCACCCCCCGAGCUGAGGUUCAGGGACCUGGUGCUCCUUGGCCCCCACGUGCUGUGUGCACCCCCUUGCCCCACACUGGAAAGCAUGGCCCAGGUGCUGGGCGAGCGACUGGAGGCCGAGGGACUACGUGUGUUACGGCUCCCAGAAGGCCGAGGCCCCCACCUCACACUGGCCAAGGUGCCCCGAGGCUCCCCAGUGCACCUCCCGGAGCCUGGGCUCAGCCUGAAGCAGGAGCUGGGCAGCCAGCCCGUGGGGAGGCUCUGGCUGUGCAGAGUGGGGAGGGUGGGGAACACCUACCAGGCGCUGGCAGAGGUCCCCCUGAGGUGA